AUGUACCAGGCUACAGUAGGGAGACUAGAAACUGGUAAGAACACAAGAGGACCCACACAAGACUACACAGUGACAAGGAACACUAGACUACGCAAUGACAAGGAACACAAAAAGUUCACACAAGACUACAGAGUGACAAGGAACUCAAGAGGAGCCACACAAGACUACACAGUGACAAGGAAUACAACAAGACUCACACGAGACUAUACAGUGACAAGGAACACAAGAAGACUCACACAAGACUACACAGUGAUAAGGAACACAAGAAGACUCACACAAGACUACACAGUGAUAAGGAACACAAGAGCUCCCACAAAAGACUAUGCAGUGACACGGAACACAAGAAGACCCACACAAGACUACACAGUGACAAGGAACACAAGAGCUCCCACAAAAGACUAUACAGUGACACGGAACACAAGAAGACCCACACAAGACUACACAGUGACAUAA